AUGCUUUGUGGGUCAGCAUCCAAAGAGUUGGGUGAAAUGGAUUUUGUGGGCAGAGUUUUAGUUCAACACUUCCCAUUUAGAGCAUUAUAUGGCCGCGACCCUUCGGUUCUGAUUCAAUUUGACAGAGGUAGUACUCAGUCAGAAACAAUGGAUCAACUCAUGCAAGCACAUGAUGCUGUUCUUGUUGAACUGAAGCAAAAUUUAUCUAAAGCCCAAGAAUAUAUGAAGAAUUGCUUGGCAGAAUCAUUGGAGUUGUACGUGCAACCUGAAGAUGUGAUUGAUAGUAGGAGGUUGUUAAAUGGACAAUUUGAGAUUUUGGUCACAUGGACUGGGCUACCAGAUUGUGAAAAUUCCUGGGAACUUCUGGACAAUUUUCAGGUACAAUUUCCUCAUUUUCACCUUGAGGCCAAGGUGAAUUUUAAGGAGGGAGGAAUUGGUGAGAGGCUGCAGAAGGUUUAUAAUAGAAAGAGAGACCAGUGGGAGGUCAUGUCAUUCAAGUUUAAUGAUUCUCGAAGAUAUAGACGAAUAGUUGGUUCUAUUGCUGGUUCAUGUAUUACUUCUGCAAUACCUCUUCUAGCUUCAUUCAAGAAAGAGAUAUGCUUGGCCGCCCUAGAUAUUAUUGAGGAUGGCAUGUCGGCAUUAGCCAAAGUAGAAGCAGCUUAUAAUCAUGAAAAAGAAAUUAAAGAGGCAACAGAAGACGCGCUACAAUCACUGUCAUUGUACCAGCUUAGGGAUACUUUGGAUGCAACUGAGGAAGGAGCUGACGAAAACCGGCUGCUUCCUGCAAUGAAUAAAAUAUGGCCAUUCCUGAUUACUUGUAUUCAGAACAGGAACCCCGUGGCUGUUCGGAGAUGUUUGAAUGUGAUAAGCAAUCUAGUGCUAAUCUGUGGAGGAGAUUUCUUCACACGUCGUUUCCACACUGACGGGACACGCUUUUGGAAACUUCUGACCACAUCCCCAUUUCGGGAAAAGUCCUAUUUCAAAGAUGAGAAGACCCCUUUGCGACUUCCUUAUAGAAGCAGUUCCAUAAGUUCAGAGGAUUCAUUGGCUGAGACUUCCUAUCUUAAGGUUCAGAUUGCAAUGCUUAACAUGAUUGCGGAUUUAUGCCGUGACAAGAGGAGUGCCCCAGCAUUAGAACUUGUUCUGAAGAAGGUAAGCGGUUUAGUUGUGGGGAUAGCUUGUAGCAGUGUUGUUGGACUUCGGGAUGCUUCUCUGAAUGCCCUCCAUGGGCUUGCGUCUAUUGAUCCUGAUCUUGUGUGGCUUCUCUUAGCUGAUAUCUACUACACUGUAAAGAAGACAGAAACUUUGCCUCCACCGAGACCAGAUUUACCAGAGAUCUCUGAAAUUCUCCCUCUUCCUUCAUCUCCCAGAGAACAUCUAUAUGUGCAGUAUGGAGGACAGAGUUAUGGUUUUGAGAUAGAUUCGGCCUCUGUGGAGGUUGUUUUCUCGAAAAUUGAUUCUCACUAUCAAAUGUAUAGCUAAGAUCCGAAUUUGUUUAUAUAAAAUUAUUAGUUGCUUCUCUAUCCCGGUCAAUUAAUCAAUUUCAUAUUCCACCUUAUAAAAUCCUUC